UGUGUACUAUCUCUAUUUACACGCUUUAUUUUCCGUGUGCAUAUUAACCGCGCCAUUCAUUCUCUACAUGCACCAGCACUGACCAGGCUAGGCCACGAAAUAUUUCGUCAGAUUUCCAUAUUAUUGGAUUGACCACUUGAAUAAUUAGGAAUCCAAAGCAGGGUUGAAAGAAGGACGACUAGAUCUAAUUAUACCAAGUUCAUCGGCUAAACUACCAAGAGAAAUUCAAAGAAUCAAGAUGUCAAAACUUAUUCAAGCACCCCAGCGUUUCACUCAUGGAGAAUGGAACUAUUCUAACCAUGCAAACUACAACAGUGCUGAGAAGCAGCGAGCCAGUGCAGAACGUUUGAUAGAUGAGAGCAACCGACUACUUGAUGAAACAGAGGAAGCUACAAAGAAAACUCAGAGGGAUGUCAACAAGAAAUUCGAGCAAAGAUUGGAUGAUGUUACAUACUGGAAGGAUGAGCUUGAAAGAAAACUCAAGGACAGUAAAGAUGAGAUUGAAAUGCUGCUGGCUUACAAAACAAGAUUACAAAAUGCCCUCGAAGCCUGCAAGGAGCCAUUAGACAUUGUCAACAAAUGUCUAAAUUACAGAGAGGGUCGUGUUGCCAUUGACCUUGUCCAUGACGAUGUCGAAAAGAAUCUCCUCAAGGAGCGUGAGGUCAUACGGGGUGUGAUGGCGCUCUUACAGAAGACCCUUGAUGAGAUCACAGAACAAAUCCGCAUCAUGAGGUCACGUCGUUACUACCUGGAGAAGGAUCUCACUGAUAAGUUUGGUGCCCUCAACAUUGAUGAGAAUUGUCGUGAACUCCGUGAUGACAACUCCAAGAUCCAGUUCAAAGAUGGAGUUGCUAAGAUUGAAACAAAUUCUGUCACACCAGAAGAUUGGCAGUCUUUCUCCAAUGAAAACAUCCUGAAGGCUGAACGUGAUCGUAAGAAUAGUGCUGAUCUACGGGCUGUUGUUGAUAGUCUCCUGAACACAACAGCUAAUGAUAUGCAACAACAGGUUGACGAUACUAAUCUAGCUUUCAGUAAAAGGAUCAGGGAGACAGAUGUGACCAAGGGAAAGCUUGAGACUCAUUUAGCCAAGGUUGAAGGUCAGAUCAGAGAGAUGGAAGAAAACAUACAGAAACUUCAGAAGGGCGUUGAUGACAAGAUGGGACCUAAGAAGCUUUCAGAGACCCGUCUUGAUGCUCGCACCACCCGUCCCAAUGUGGAGCUGUGUCGGGAUCCUGUGCAAUACCGCCUCAUUGGCGAAGUCACCGAGAUCAACACCAACAUUGAGCGUCUCCAGGCAACUCUCGCACAGGCAGAAUCAGAGCUAAAAGGUCUUAUUAGGAACCAGCUUAACCUCCAAGAGGACAUCGACAUCAAGUCACGAUCUCUGAACAUUGACGACACGCAGUGUAUGACCCUCAGGCGAAGCAUCAACGUCAAGAGAUAUUAAUGAGGCCCGAAAUGUGUGUAGAAAAUAAAGUAGUCAAUUUACAUGGAAGUGGAGAGUAGCCUGCAGUGUUUGACUUUCUGGUGAAGCAAAAAAGGUCACAGAGACAUUAUUAAUAGCAGAUACUAUGUACAUGCUUUGCCAAAAGUAUACUGUUCAGGGUGAAACUAAUAGUGAUGACUGAACAGGAAACAAAGGUGUAACAAUGAAAUAUCUGAACUCUCAUUGCAGUCUUCUCAUUAUGUGGAUCUAGAUUCUUAUUGAAACAUUGAAUUGUAAGAAAGGUUACAUGUAUCUCUGUAUAGUGUGAUAAAGUUACAAUUAUGAUAUCAAAUUCAAUUCACUCAAAUUGAAGGAAUUACUUUUUUUCUUAUGUAAACAUUUUGCAAACUUAACUCAGCAAACAGAUACAGAUAUACCCUUUUCAUCUCUAUCUUUGCUGUAAGGAGGAAUGGUUACAUAAACAUGUUUUCUCAUAUUGACAACAGCUGACAUCUAUAUUGCUUACAUGUACAUGCAUUUUGAUAUGUAGAUGAUUCUAUGUACAUGUAGUUGAUAAAUUAUAAUAAAAACUCUUUGAAAAUAAAAAUCAUAUCUAUUAUUAUUCUAUUUGCUGCAAGAGCGACAAUAUCUAUUAUCUUUAAAAUAAGUUAAAUGUUUAAGACAAUGAAAAAAAUUUUUUUUUUUUAAAUAACAAUGAAAAAUAACAACACUUUCCUUGAAAUUAGAGCUGCAUAUUGUGUUGUUACUCCAGCAAGGAUUUAGUCUUGUUAAAAACAUUUUUCCAUCCAUAUAUGAAUUGAGUGGGGUUAUUAUCACUGUUAAAUUUGAAAGGAAAUGUAUAUAUUCAUCCUUUUUUUAAGAAAAAUCAUGGAAAUGGAUUAAGUUUUUGUAUAUUCUAUUUCUCUCUUCCUCAUUUUAUUCAUGAAAUAUUAAAGAGAAUAUGAAGAUCACAAGAAAAUGAAAUUAUUCAAAAAUCCUUUGUUAUAUAACCUCUCAUUUCUGUGAUUAAAUGUAUGUGUAUCUUUGUGAAUUAAACUUGUACAUAAAUGUGAUAUAAAAUAAACCUAUUGGAAAUUUAA